AUGCGGCCUCCAUCACAAACUCAUAAGCAACAGCGCACCUCUGGUUCACGCGCAAAAACCAAACCAAUGCUCGCAAAUCGGGAACUUAAGCCGAGCGAGAAACCACCCGCCAAAAAUUGUACUAAAUGCAAAGAAUCGGCAAAUUAUUUAAAAAUGUUUGUGAAAAGACUGGGAGCAAUUGAGGAGCUCACAGUGUCGGGCUCGCCCGUCGAACUCAAAACGGUCAACAAGAAUGACUUUGCGGCGUGUACUCUCACAGAACUUAGACAUUUAUUGGAUUUGACGACUAAACUAAUUCAAGCCGGUACCAAUAAGAUGUCAGACGCAGUUAAAAAGCCUCCAGCGAUGACCGAGCCGGUUUCGAAGGCCCCAGACACGAUUUGUCUCAAGCUUGAACCGGAGGAAAAAAACGGACUGCUGACUCCCCAACCCAGUCCGACAACCGCCUCAUUACCGGCCAGCCCCGUGGAAAGUGAUGGAAAGCGUUCUCGAGAGGAAGAUGCUGACCACGCUGAUGAAAAAAACAUACAAAAGAGGGUUAAAAUAUGUAUUAGCGACGUUAUCACAACCGAACCUGUCGAUAUCAGUGACGGUUUGGGCAAUUCAACACCUUCGCUUCCGAGGCAAAUUCAGAACGAUCAGUAUCGUCACGAUUCCGGAUGUUUCAUGGACAACGAUGCAUAUACAGAACGCACGCGGAAAGACUCGAAACGUUGUGACACUAAUGACAACGAUAACCCAACCUCUGCAUGUUUAAGUAAUACAACUGUUGAAUCAAAUUUCGCGCAAGAAACAACGACGCUCAAGAGCACCAAUUGA